AUGACGACUGCAUUUCCUCUUCUCCGUCUUCCGUACCUUGUACUUAUGCAUGCCUUGAAACAAAUGGAAUUUCUGGAUAGAAUCGCAUUCUCUAUUCUCUCCAGACGGACUAGAAUGUUCGUGAAACUACUCAAAAUGAAGAGUAAGAAUGUCAAUUUGAAAUGGAAUGGUAACAGAAUCGAGAUGAUAGUGUUUUGUGAUUUUACUAGAGUAUUGGAAGCGAAUAUGUAUAUCGAUGAAUAUCAACGAAGCACUUUCAAGAAUCGAUAUAAACGGGUUUAUUCAUGGCGCGACAGUAGUCUUCUUCCAGUGGACUACGUCCUUUCAAUUAUGGACGUCAUGCAUUGCAAGUCGAUCGAUAAGUUCAUAGUCGUUGGAAUUUCUGAACACGAUUGUCUUCCAAUCAUCGCAAAACUUCCAAAAAUUGAUGAAGUCGUUGUUGAACAUGAUUGGCCUGACGUUACUUCUUACGAAGCAUCAUUUCAAAAAGAAAGACAGCUUCUCAGAGUUCUGAAAACUGUUUUGCCAUUAUCUCCUGCAGUUUUUAUUACCUAUCAAUUCCAAAACCGCAAUCACCUCCGAGAAAUUCUCAAUGGACAUUUUGACGCGGUGAUUUUAAAGCGGUCCGGCAACUGGAUUACUCUUAAUGAUUUGUGGAUUACAAACGCUAAGAUACUUGAGAUUGAUACAACAAAGAUUAACAUGAAAGACCUGAACCGCUAUUUCAAGUUGUGGAUGAAGAAAAUAUGCAAUGAUCGACUGGAAUACUUGGAAGUGAAAAUAUAUGACAAGCCCAGUAUGGAUAUCCUUCUGGAUGGUCUUAACGCUGUUCAAGUUCCAAUUGAAACAGAGAGAGAAUUCCGGGGUUUGGGGAAUGUAAAACGAAGUUUCAAGAACAUUCUGGCUCGUUUGGAGAGAAUCGAAAGUACAAUCCUGAAAAAGGAAGCGUAUUAUGAGUUUAAACUUCUCUUUCUAAAGAACGCCACGCCAGAACACCGGGCGAUCUUUCCUUGCACAGAGUAUGCGAAUUCAUAA